AGCGGCUGGAGACGCUGGUGCAGACCCUGAGCGAUCUGCUGGAGCUGGCGGCCCGGCAGAGCGCUCCCCGGCUCUUCAGCGGCAAAAACGUCCACGUGCCCCUGCUGCUGGUGGUGGAUCUGUACCCGGGAGCGGCGGGCGUGCAGCAGGUCAGGGCCGGGCGGGCCGGGGCCGGGGCCGCUGCCCCGCUCCGGCUGCGCUCCGCGGGAUGAGCGAGGGCGCGGCCCUUCCCGGGAUAAAAGUUCUUGUUCCGCUUGUUGGUUUCUCCUUAACUUGCCGUGUGUCUCCUGGGCCGCUUCAUGAAGUGCUCUGAGCUCUAGAAGGGCGCUGUCACCGCUGGCAUUUAAAGGGACCAAGCGUUCCAACUUAUUGCAGACGCCACUGGCUGCGUCUCUCUUUUUACCGGCAGAAGGAGGUGAAAUAGAAAAUAAAAAUUUAGCCAUGUGAAUAUUGUGUAAUGUAGGGUUCUAAAUUACCAGUGUUAUCUAACAUAAUUUUGACGAGUCCAUAUUGAAUUUUGCCAUGGGUAGACAAACUUCCGAAAAGCAUGAUUUUAUGCUAUGAAUUCAUGUAUAUGUAGCCUUAUCCUUCAGACUUGUGCUAGCACAGUUCUUUAAAGGCGGGGAGAAUAUUUUAGCUAAGAGUAAGUUCUGCAAUUUAAGGUUCUGCCUACCUACUCCUGUAAUUUAACAUUGGCCCAUUUGGACUAGGUGUGGCACUUGUACAAUUUGAUGUUAUACUUAUGGUACAGCUGCCAGACUUGUCAUACAAAACAGCUCCUUCCUGGCAGGCAUAUAUUAAAUAUCUGACUAUGCUAUGCAUAGAGGAUGUUUAUAAGCUCCAGAUUUCUGUCCAACUCACUUGCUUCUUUUUUUUUAAUUAUUAAGCAGUAGGAAUAUGAAGCAGCAGUUAUUUUGAAGAUAAAACUCAUUUGUUUAUGAAACCUUGCCAAGAAGUCUAAACUUGGAAGUAAAACAUCAAUCAUAACAAGAAGUAGGUGUGAAGUGAUAGCACAAGACUCUCAGAAUUGCAUAAAGAAAAUAGUGAUUAACUUUCAUUUUAACUCUCUUAAAAUACUUCAUUCUAAUGCAGAACUUUAAAAUUAAUUUUAAUCUUCUACCUGCCUAUAUUUGCAGUCAUACAAUGUUUCAGUUCAGAAGUUCUGGACCUCCUUCGCAUUACUAUGUUGUGUUGCAGUGGGAAAUUCAUAGCCAGUGCAAAGCUCAAAUGCCAUUCCUCAUAAAAUGUUUUGGGCAGCUCUUUCACAUUCAGUUCUGAUGUUUACAAACAUUCACACUAUAUGGGCUGGUCACUUCUUUGUAAAUUAAUAGAAAUUUGUCCAAGUACUCUACAAAACAUAGCUCCUAAGGAUGUUGGGAAGGACUGGGAAGUACUGGGUGUUCACCAGCAGAUUCUUAAAAUGCUUACAGUCCACAAAGGGAAUAUAAAUCUUUCAGUAAUAGGACUAAAAGCAUUAAAUCUACUCCUCAUGUCAGACAUAAUUGCUUUCCUGCUCUUGGAAGAAGAGGUGGAUGUGUUUUCCUUGGUAUUUAGUGCCAUGCACACCUUCCCUAAAAAUGAAGAGAUCCAGCAGCAUGGAUGUAAAGCAUUACACAAACUUUUUGAGAAAGUUCCAGAAGAGCAGCUGACUGAAUUUGUUGAAAGCAAAGAUCAUAUGAUCAUACUGAAAGUAUUUAAAGAGUUUCCAGAGAAAGAAGAGGUGAUUCUUCCUGCACUUUAUUCAUUACAUUCCUUAGCUGGUCCACCCAGCAAUGUGGAAGUGCUCAUGUCGGGAAAUGUUCGCUGCUACAAUGUUAUAGUGGAAAUGAUGAAAAGUUUCCCCAGUAGUGAAACAGUUCAGGAAGUGAGUUGCUGUUUGUUGCACAAGCUUACCUUGGGAAAUUUUUUCAAUAUCCUUGUAUUACAUAAGGUUCCAGAAGUCAUUGUGAAGGCUGUUACAACAUAUCCUGAAAAUGCAAAGUUACAAGCUGCAGCUCUCAGUUGUUUAGCUCUUCUAACUGAAACAAUAUUCUUAAACCGGGACUUAGAGGAAGGAAAAGAAGAGGAGGAGGAAGAAAAGUUAUGCUGGCUGGAAGCAUGUUACAGAGCCUUAGAACUACACCAAAAAAAUACAGAUGUGCUGGAGGCUGCAUGCUGGGCUUUGAAAAAUCUGUUUCUGUAUCAACGCAACCUUCAUGAGAAGAUUGGAGAUGGAGAUAAUCAGUUCCCAAUAGACAGAGCAGUGAUGCUGUCCAUGCUGAUGCACUCCUCUUCAAAAGAAGUGUUUCAGGCAGCUGCUAGUACCUUGGCAAUUUUGUCACAACAAAAUGUAAAUAUUAGGAAGACACUACUGGCAAAAGGCAUACAUAUGAAUGUUUUGGAUAUAAUGAGGAAACAUCCACAUUGUCCUGAAAUGGUUGAAAGUGCCUGCAGGAUUCUGAAUCAUGUUUUUGAAGGAAGUUUCCCACAUCUGGAUGUAAUGACAGUAGCAGUAUCAGAAGUUGUAAAAGCCAUGAGGAAACAUGAAAAAUCACUCUCUGUACAACUGGAAGCACUUCGAGUCCUUUUACACUUCAUGAUGCCCAAUACAAAGAAUGAACACCAGAAUGGUUCUUCCAGAGAUGUGGGAGAUGCUGCUUUUGCACUUACAGGAAAAGUCAUUAAAAGCCAGUGUCUGUUGGAGGGAACUCACUCGUUGGUGCUUAAUGCUUUAAACAGGUUUAUUGGAAAUCCUAGCAUUCAGAAGUGUGGAUUGAAACUCCUUGGUUCUGUAGCUGAGUGCACUGGUGCACUGGAAAUUUUAACCCAGCAAGGAGCUACUGACACUGUGCUUCACACCCUACAGAUGUAUCCAGAUGAACAAGACAUACAGUGUUUGGGCUUGAGUCUUCUACGCUCUUUGAUUACACGGAAGAGUUUGUGCAUUGCAACCAUGCACGUCCUGGCAGCUGUUCUGGUUUCUACUCUGCGACGAUUUAAAGAAGUCACUGAAAUCCAGAUGCAUGGAUUUCAUGCAAUCUUGACAAUUCUUGGUUUGUCACCUUGUUUUGCAAAGCUGCUGGUAAAUGAAUCAUUUGACACAGUCAUUUUCUACCAGAUGUCUAUGUGUUUCACUGACCAGCGAGAUCAACAGUUUCAAAGUCUGUGUUGUAGAUGUUUUGCUAAAAUUGCUGAAAAUGAUGAUUUAAAAAAUACAAUGCUGGAAAAAGCAUGUAUGGAGUACAAUAGUAUUAUGGCUGAAUGUUUACUUCUACUGGGAGCUGAUAUUAAUAAGAAGACAAAGACAAACUCUUUGAUCUAUCAGGUUUGUGAGAAAGGAAGUAAUCCUAAAUUGGUGGAGUUGUUAUUAGCCAGUGGUGCUCGAGAGCAGGAUGUUCGGAGUGCUUUGACCAUCAGUAUAAAGAGAGGAGAUAGCCAAAUCAUCAGCUUGCUCUUAAAGAAGCUUAGCCUUGAUGUCACCAACAGCAGUAUUUGUCUUGGAGGAUUUGGUUUUGGCAGAUUAGAGCCUUCCUGGCUCAUUCCUUUGUUCCCAGAUAAACUUACUCAAACCAGAAAACAGAAUGCAGGUUCUGCAUUGGCAAGGAUGGUGCUCAAAUUCCAGAUGAAGAACAUUUCAGAGGAUAGAUCAAGAGCCUCCUCUGAUCCAAACUUAUCUGAAGAUGGAGUGGACAGAAACUGUGACUGGAAUUUCAUACCUGACCCAUUAGUGGACAGUAUUUUUCCUUUGAGUGAUGAUAUUGAUAGUGAAGGUAGUGAAGGUCCACUUUUUACAAAAAAGAAGUCCAAUUCCAUUGCAGUUGCUGAUUUAUAUUGUAGGGAAAAUGCAUGUCAGAGAGGUUCCCCUACUUUACUGCGACAUUCCUACUCUGUGGGACCUGGCUCAGAUUAUGAACCAUUAAUGAAACAAAGACGAAAAUUCUUGCUCUCAGAUGAAUCCCCCAAAGGCAUCUCAAAAUUGUCAUCACAUAUAAGAUCAUCAGACAGUCUUUCUUCAUUGAUCUCAGAGAAAGAAUAUAUUAAAUCACUAGAUCUUUCAUCAAAUGAGCUGGAGAACAUUGAUGCCAUCAGCCAGAACAGCUGCUUAAUUAGUCAUCUGGAACACCUUGAGAAACUGGAGCUCCACCAAAAUGCUCUUACAAACAUUCCAGAACAACUGUGUGAAAACUUGAAGUGCCUGACUUACCUGGAUUUGCACAGUAACCGGUUUUCUUCUUUCCCGCUGUACUUACUGAAAAUGAAUUGUAUCGCGAAUCUCGACAUCUCGCGAAACGACAUUGGCCCUUCCUUGGCUUUGGAUCCGAGCCUCAGGUGUCCAACCCUAAAGCAGCUUAACCUUUCAUACAAUCAGCUGGUGUGCACUCCUGAAUUUCUUACAAGUGUUGCUGAAAAUCUGGAACAGCUCAUGCUGGAAGGAAACAAAAUUUCAUGCUUAUGUUCACCCCUAUGCUUAAAAGACCUGAAACUUUUAAACAUUAGUAAGAACAGUAUUUCAUCCCUUGCUGAGAAUGUCUUCAUGGGCUGUACAAAACUGGAGCAGUUCAAUGCCAGGAUGAAUGUUCUUGAAAAGAUACCUGACUUGUCAUCCAGCAUAACAAGUUUAAAAUUAUCCCAGAAUUGUUUUGUUAAUGUUCCAGAAGCAAUUCUUCUUCUACCACAUUUGAGAUCAGUAGAUUUAAGCCAAAACAAGAUCACAAGCCUGCCUGGACCGAUGCACUGGAAAUCACUCAAUUUACGGGAGCUGUUAUUUAAUCAUAAUCAAAUAGAUGUCUUGGACUUGAGUGAAAAGGCAUGUGCGUGGUCUAGGCUAGAAAAGCUACACCUCUCCCACAACAAGUUAAAGGAGAUUCCUCCUCAGAUUGGCUUCCUAGAGAACUUGACUUCUCUGGAUGUAAGUCAUAAUCCUGAUUUGAGAUUCUUUCCCGAUGAAAUGGGAAGGCUGUCCAAAGUCUGGGAUCUUCCUUUAGAAGGACUCCAUCUUAAUUUGGACUUCAAGCAUGUGGGAUGCAAAGCCAGAGACAUUAUCAGAUUUCUUCAGCAGCGACUGAAGAAGGCUGUGCCUUAUAACAGAAUGAAGCUCAUGAUUGUUGGAAACACUGGCAGUGGGAAAACCACCCUGCUGCAGCAGCUCAUGAAAAGCAAACGAACAGAAUUGGGCUCUCCAAAAGCUACAGUAGGCAUUGAUGUAAAAGACUGGAUCAUUCAAGGGAAAGGCAAAAUGAAGAAGGAGCUUAUAUUAAAUGUGUGGGACUUUGGAGGACAAGAAGAGUUCUACAGUACCCAUCCUCAUUUCAUGACCCAGAGGGCUUUAUAUCUUGCUGUUUAUGAUCUCAGCAAAGGACAAGCAGAGGUGGAUGCUAUGAAGCCAUGGCUUUUUAACAUCAAGGCUCGAGCAUCAACAUCCCCUGUGAUUCUUGUUGGCACUCACCUGGAUGUUUCUGAUGAAAUGCAGCGUAGGGCCUGCAUGAGUAAAAUUACCAGAGAGCUGUUGAACAAGCGAGGCUUCCCAGCAAUCCAGGAUUACCACUUUGUCAAUGCCACAGAAGAAUCUGAUUCCAUUAUCAGACUUCGGAAAAUCAUCAUAAAGGAGAGUCUUCACUUCAAGAUCAGAGAUCAGCCAGUGGUUGGUCAGCUAAUUCCUGACAGCUACCUGGAACUGGAAAAGAGAAUUUUGCUGGAACGUAAAAACGUCCCAGUGGAAUUUCCUGUAAUUGAUCAGAAACGCUUGCUGGAACUGGUACAAGAAGGCCAGUUACAGCUGGAUGAAAAUGAACUCCCUCAUGCAAUUCACUUUCUGAAUGAAUCAGGUGUUCUCCUUCAUUUCCAAGACCCAGCACUACAGCUGAGAGAUCUGUAUUUCGUAGAUCCAAAGUGGCUGUGUAAAAUCAUGGCACAGAUUCUGAUGGUGAAAGUGGAAGGCUCUUCUAAAUAUCCUAAGGGAAUUGUGAAGCGUUCAGAUGUGGAAAAAUUCCUUUUGAAGAAGAGCAAGUGCCCUAAAAUCUAUAUGUCACAAUACUUUAAGCUUCUGGAAAAGUUUCAGAUUGCUUUGCCAUUAGGAGAGGACCAACUACUAAUCCCAAGCAGCUUGUCUGAUCACAGACCUGUUAUAGAGCUUCCCCACUGUGAAAAUUCAGAAAUUAUCAUCAGGCUGUAUGAGAUGCCAUACUUUCCUAUGGGAUUUUGGUCCAGGCUCAUCAACAGGUUGCUUGAGAUAUCUCCUUACAUGCUAUCAGGAAGAGAGCGAGCUCUCCGUCCUAACAGAAUGUACUGGAGACAAGGCAUCUACUUGAACUGGUCUCCUGAAGCUUAUUGUCUAGUGGAAUCAGCAGUAUUUGACAACAACCCAGACAGUUUUUUGAAAAUUACAGCACCUUCUUGCAGAAAAGGGUGCAUCCUUUUGGGGCAAGUUGUGGAUCACAUAGAUUCUCUUAUGGAAGAAUGGUUUCCAGGUUUGUUGGAAAUAGAUGUUUGUGGUGAAGGGGAAACACUGUUGAAGAAAUGGGCUCUGUACAGCUUUCAAGAUGGUGAAGAACACCAAAAAAUACUACUUGAUGACUUGCUUAGGAAGGCUGAAGAAGGUGACCUUUUGGUAAAUCCAGAUCAACCAAGACAGACCAUUCCAAUUGCUCAGAUUGCUCCUGAUCUGAUACUGGCUGAUUUGCCUAGAAAUAUUAUGUUGAACAAUGAUGACCUGGAAUUUGAUGAAGCUCCUGAAUUUCUCUUGGGUGAUGGUGGCUUUGGAUCUGUGUACCGUGCAUCCUAUGCUGGUGAAGAGGUUGCUGUAAAGAUUUUCAAUAAACAUACUUCCCUCAGGCUCCUAAGACAAGAGCUUGCAGUGCUCUGCCACCUCCACCACCCCAGUUUGGUGUCUUUGCUGGCUGCUGCGAUCCGUCCCCGGAUGCUGGUGAUGGAAUUGGCCCUCAAAGGAUCUCUCGAUCGUUUGCUUCAACAGGACAAUGCAAGUUUAACUAGAACACUUCAGCACAGGAUAGCUCUACAUGUAGCAGAUGGCUUAAGGUACCUGCAUUCAGCAAUGAUCAUCUACCGUGAUUUAAAGCCUCACAAUGUGUUGCUCUUUACCUUAUAUCCCAAUUCAGCUGUUAUUGCAAAAAUAGCUGACUAUGGCAUUGCCCAGUAUUGUUGCCGAAUGGGAAUAAAAACCUCAGAAGGCACACCAGGAUUUCGAGCACCAGAGGUUGCCAGAGGAAAUGUUAUUUACAAUCAGCAAGCUGAUGUUUAUUCAUUUGGCUUGCUGCUUUAUGACAUUUUAACAGGAGGAGGUAGAAUCAUGGAAGGCUUGAAGUUUCCAAAUGAAUUUGAUGAAUUAGCAAUACAAGGAAAAUUGCCAGAUCCUGUCAAAGAAUAUGGGUGUUCCCCCUGGCCUGAAGUUGAAAACUUAAUUAAAAAGUGUUUGAAGGAAAACCCUCAGGAACGACCAACAUCUUGCCAGGUUUAUGAGAUCCUGAAUUCUGCAGAGCUUAUCUGUUUGAUGAGAUAUGUCUCCAUACCUAGCACAUCUACAGCAGAGUGCAUGGUGGCUGCCAAUCAAAGCUGCAAGAGGGCAGGAGUCUGGAUAGGCAAUGGGAACACAGAAAAGGCACAACUUUCAUUUGUUAACCUAAACACAGAUGGACAUACUUGUGAGGAUAUUGCAGACAGUAAAAUUAUAAGUUUGGCCUUAGUCACUCUUCCUACUGAGAAAGAAAACUGGAUUGUAGCAGGAACCCAGUCUGGUUCUCUGUGGGCAGUUAACACAGAAGAUGAAACAAGAAGGCAUCGUCUGCAGAAAAUGUCAGAUUCCAUCACUUGUUUGUACUGUAAUUCUCUUUCAAAGCAAAGCAAACAGAAGAAUUUCUUCUUGGUAGGCACAGCUGAUGGCAAACUGGCAGUUUUUGAAGACAGAGCCGUAAAGUGUAAGGGUGCUACACCUUUGAAGAUACUGACUAUAGGAAAUGUUAGCACACCCCUGAUGUGCUUAAACGAAUCCUCAUGCUUAUCUGAAAAAAAUGUAAUCUGGGGAGGCUGCGGAACAAAAAUCAUUGCCUUAACCACUGACUUCUCUGUUCAAAAGCUCAUUGAAACAAAGACAAGUCAACUGUUCUGUCAUAAUGCUUACAGUGAUGCAAACAUUAUUUCAAUAGCAAUAGACAAAUCCAUCUACUUGGCAAAGAAAAACAGCCAUUUUGUGGAAAUCUGGGACAAGAAGACAGAAAAACUUUCUGAAUUAAUUGACUGUGCACAUUUUCUUAAGAACAAAGUGGAAAAAUUAAAUAAGGAAUCAAAACACAAACUGGCUUAUUCUGGAAGAGUGAAGACCAUUUGUCUGCAGAAAAAUACUGCACUGUGGAUAGGGACAGGAGGAGGACACAUCUUGCUGCUUGAUUUGUCAACGCGUCGUCCUGUACGAGUUAUAGACAAGUUCUGUGAUUCUGUUCGAGUCAUGAUAACGGCUCAGCUGGGGAGUCUCAAGAAUGUGGUCCUUGUUUUGGGAUAUUGCUAUAAAAGUGACACCGAAGACAACAAAUAUCACAAAGAGUUACAAUCCUGUGUGUCAGUGUGGGACAUUAACCUGCCCCAUGAAGUGCAAAACCUGAAAAAACACAUAGAAAUGAGACAGGAAUUAGCAGAAAAAAUGAAGAGCUUUUCUUUGGACUGAAAAGUCACCCU